AUGGAGGCAGGAAUGGGCAUGGGCGAUUUGCCCGCCAUUAAGUGUUCCAGUUGCGGGAUCAACGUCGAUAUCUCCGCCAUGGGAGACCACGUCUGCGGCGCUAAACCUGCCAUCGAAACAUCACAAACAUCAUCGUCUCCUCCUCCACCGCCUCCGAAAUUGGGCUUUCGGGCGCAAUCAAAAAGGAGCGAGGAGCUAUGGUCUUCCAAGUUUGCAAAGGCUGAAUUACCAGCACGGAUUGAUCCUCUCAGGGCGAAUCGACCCUUUCUGCAUCCCAACAGCGGGUUGGGGAGCAUUGAUGCUCUGGUUCCGUUUCCCCUUUCAACAUCUUCUGGGUCGCGAUCACCACAUCGCGCCCUGCAAAGGAGCCAAACUUCGCCUCUCCCAGUGGAACCGCAGUCCCCAGACACCGAGAGUAGUGGAGAUGGCAUCCCAAAUUUUCCGCUCCCUCGAUCCAUGUCCGAGCGCCGAGUCGGUGGAAUGACACUAAAAGAGGCCAUCUCGGCGCCUCCUGUUCCCUCACCCGAGUUUACUGAAGCAAUGCGUACGGAUAUUGAUCCCCUACCUCGCAGUGCGCACUUACCGCUUGAUUCGCGUGAUCAGCACCCACCGCCUCCUCCAAUACCAACAAAUGACAGCUCCGCAUAUGGAUCCAAAACGCAUAAACACACCGUUUCCAUCGAGAGCAAAAGUAGUUACAGGACCUCACUAGCUAGCACUCGAUAUGGAGAUCGAAACUCUAAACGGUCAACUGCGAUGUCCAGUCGACGACCUUCUUUUGGAAGCAUGACCCGCGCCGGAUAUAAAUAUGAGGAAGAGAUCCCUCCGAUGCCUCCUUCGCCUCGGAAUUUUCUGCACCAUUCCGUCCUUUCCGAUUCCUCGAUGUCAGAUAUACCAGUCAAGCGGAAUGGCAAGGGUGAAGUUGUUCACGGCGGGUUCGAUUUUGAGGCAAGCAGGGCUAGUCUGAAGGCGGAAAUCGAAAAACCUGCCGCAAGUCCAUUGCGCGUAUCCUCAAAUGCCAAUUCAGAUCGCUUCAGCGGUUCCCGUGCGUCUACAGAAUUGUUUUUCAGUAGUCCGGCACAAAGUACGUACGGACCUCCAAUUGACCUACCUGACCCAAUCGAUGUCCGGUCAGUAUCACCGGCUGGGUCUGCCAAAAUCGAAUACAAAGCUUUCAAACCCUCAGGUUCCGAUUUCCUACAACCGAAUCCUCCAGAUCACCACGACCGCCGCGAUGAGAUGUGCAGGAAGAACUCAGAUGCCACCAGCGAAAGCGCACUUUCAGUUUCUAACUUUGCGCGCGCACUUGGCCUCGAUAUUUCCGAUGAAGCAGUGGAAGCUUCCACAAAUUCUUCAGAAUACUCUCCUUCAGAGACUCGCAGCGGCACCUCCUUGUCCAGCAUUCAAUCCGAUGCAAGCAUGUCGCGGCCGAAACCUUCUGACCAAGGUCGUCUUCGUCCAGUAUUAGAGGGACUGAAGACAGGCAUUCAAUCAACUUCCGUUCUAGACGAGCCAAUCCACACAGAAAGUCCUACGAGCCUUGAACCACCACGGAUUCCGGACCCUCUCUUCAGCCCCGACUCCCCAACAGACCCGGCUCUUAUGAAGGGUAGUCUCUGUCUUAUUCCCGACAAGAAGCUUCCAAGCGCAGGAGAUCUACCCAAAAAACCACCGAUGACCCGGUCUGCCACAGAACCUGCCACCCACCCGAAAACACCCCGUCCUCGAGGCCCUUGUCGAGGCUGCGGCGAGAUGAUUGUAGGAAAGUCUAUGUCCUCCGCUGACGGCCGUCUAACUGGUCGAUACCACCGAGCAUGCUUUGUUUGCUUCCAAUGCCGCGGCCCCUUCGAAACCGCUGACUUCUAUGUCCUCAACGACCGCCCCUACUGCGCCCAGCACUAUCACGAGCGCAACGGUUCACUAUGCGCCACAUGCCACACGGGGAUUGAAGGCCAGUACCUCGAGACGAACGAACGAACUGGCCGUGGGCCUAACGAUCGCCAAAAAUUUCACCCAGAAUGUCUCCGUUGUCGUACCUGUCAUAUCGACCUCAAGGGCGAAUACUUCGAGUGGAACGGCCUCGUAUACUGCGAACGUGACGCCAGACGCGCAGCAGCCGCCAUGUCCCCCCAUCGCUUUGGUCGUCCUGCCCUACCCUCCUCUCCUCUCGCUCCCCCAUCCCGCGGGCAUCAUCCUCCCCCAGGCUACCCAGGUCGAGGCCGUGGCCUCCGCCCCCCACCUGGAGCCCGCGAUGGUCCCUACCCUCAUCUCCCACCAGGCGGUCCCCACGGACCACCUAGUGCUCGCCGAUUCCCAGAAAGGCGAACAACCAAACUCAUGAUGACAUGAUACGUUUUUUUCUUAGUUUAUAUAUUAGGAAAGUUCUCAUUUCCGGGGUACCAUAUACAAGGCGCUUGUUUAUUACUUUUCUGUUUCUUCACUUGGUUUGAAAAUACCAUCGAUACAUUAUGUCAUUUCUCACUUUUUUUCUGUUUUCCUCAUCUCCACCCAUGCACGACCUUCUUCUGUCCACAUUCAACGACGUACAUUCCUCACUUCUAUUUACUUCCUUGCCAUUUUCCUUUCUGUUCAUUUUCUGAUCUCUUUGCCCGUUUCGACGCUGGACUGACUAACUGCUUUAUACCCCAACCCAUCCCAUCCCAUCUCACACGCCCUUUUUCUUCUUGUCUAUGCUUAUCAUUAUUAUUAUUAUUAUUAUUAUUACCUUCAACCCUUUUUUGCCU